AUUUAUAGAAAAUGGAAAGUAAUGACAAGAAUUUAAUGUACAAAUCUGCAGAGAAAUAAAAUAAAGGUGCUCUGAAUAAAUUGUGUUAAGUAAAACAGGCAAUACCUUUAGGUGAUUUCUGACAGAAGUAUCGAAUCUUCAGAUCACAUGUUCAUACACUAAUAAAAAGAUCAACGUUUUUUGUGAGCAGUAUUUAUUAUUUAUUUUCUUCUAUUUGUAUGAAAAAGUAAACGCGAUGAGAUUCUUUGUCAUCAAAGCGUUAUUUUAUUUAAUUUGCGGAGGACAAUUACUUGCUCAGUGCCAACAACUUUAUACGUUCCACAAGGAUCUCUCCCCCGAUGACAGACUGCACUACUUCGGCAAAGGAGAAAUAGAAGAUGUGCCAUCCUAUGAAUUCACGUCGCCGCAACCUGUCGAUAAACGGCGCAAAAGAAGUGACGUCGAUGACGUCAGUAAAGAAUACACCGUUGACGUCUUUGGAGAAGCUUUACACCUUAUCCUUGAUCGAAACAAAGACAUUUUAAGCCAUGGCUGUGUAGUAAAACAGGUUGGGAGCAACUUUACAAAGGUCACACCGUGCAGAUCUGAGGAAACCAACUGCUUCUUCACCGGAAGUGUUGGUAACCAUAGCAACUCAUGGGUGGCAGCCACCAUAUGUGGGGGUGUUCACGCCAUGGUCGGUUUACCAGAAAGGACAGUUGUUCUUCAACCAAUCAAAUCACAUCACGUGACAAGAGCACGGCGGGAUACCAACAUGGCCGACCCACAUAUAGUUUACGUACUGCCGAUGGCAAAUCCAGUUGAUGAAUUUGAGGAGAACUCCGAACAGACACUUCAACCAGCCCGUGCAAAGCGAGCAACGGGACGUCGUUACGUGGAAACCACCGUCGUCGUUGACCACACGUCGUUCAAUUUUCAUGGGAGUGAAACUGAGAAAGUGGUGAAAACUAUCAUGAAUAUAAUGGCUAAAUUAUUUCUGGACCCAAGCCUUCAGUCUGAAAUACACUUUUCUCUCAACAAACUCAUGAUUCUAGAACAUGACGAAAUUGGUCUAGACAUAGAGACGGACUUUGCAGUAACCCUGGACAACUUCUGCAUGUGGCAGACCUCCUGGAACCCGUCACGUGACUCCGACCCGGAACACUCAGAUUACGUCAUUCUACUAACCAGACGUGACCUUGAGCUCCACGGGGUCAAGGCCACAGCGGGUCUAGCGAGGAAGGGAAUGUGCGGAUUGAGAACCAAGUGUUCGGUCGUCGAGGAGAACGGGCUGGCAACGUCGCUCAUACUCGCGCAUGAGACGGGGCAUGUUCUUGGUCUACAACACGACGGCGAGGGUAACGAGUGUGAGGACGGUAAAAACAUCAUGGCGAAGUGGUCGGCAACUGGGCCGGAAGCCCUGAAGUGGUCAUCCUGCAGUGCUAGGGACCUUCGGGAUUUCUUAAGCUCGACGGUCUCUGGUUGCCUUGACGACGCGCCUUCCGCUGGAACGGAAGUGUCCGCCGAUUCGCGGGUGUAUACAGGAACUGUGUAUUCGGCGGACGCCCAGUGCCGUCUCAUGAAGGGACCGGAAGCCGAAGUGUGCGAGGGUGUUGUAGGCGAUAAAGUGGAGGACGUGUGCGGGAGCAUCGUGUGUCGUCCGAGGCCGGACACCGGCAUUCACACAUGCAUUAUCUACUCUGCGCCGAGAAUGGACGGAACAGAGUGCGGCGACAGAAAGUGGUGUUUGAGCGGGAAGUGUGUGGACAUGGGACCGGGAUCGCCGGAACCCGUCCACGGAGCCUGGUCGGACUGGGAGGCCCAACAUAGAGCGUGCUCCAGGACAUGUGGCGGCGGGGUCAAGGUCACAAAGCGCCGAUACUGUAACAAUCCGGUACCUAGAUAUGGAGGCCGGCCUUGCACUGGAAGUGACGUCUUGGCAGAGUUAUGCAAUGUGCAGGAAUGCCCUCUGACGUCUCAGCUAGACUUCCUUUCUGAACAAUGCGCACGCACGGACAGUCGACCGAUUCAAGGCAACCGGAAAUACCACUGGAUACCAAACAUUGGCCUUUCUGGCGACGACGGGUGUAAAAUCAACUGCCAGGCGGAAACCACAAUGUUUUUCAUGAAGCGUGGUAUAAAUGUGGACGGCACGGAAUGUUUGACGUCAUCACCGUCAGAGUUCGGCCGCUGUGAACGAGGACGUUGCAAGGAUUUCGGGUGUGACGGUCACAUGUCAUCUGGUCACGUGUUUGAUAAGUGUGGGCGUUGUCAUGGGCGUGGCGACACGUGUAGGGGAAUAUCCGGCACACUCAACAGGGGCCGACCCACGGGUGGAGAUUUCGUCAAAGUUGUGGACAUUCCAGCUGAGAGCUCCGGGGUGACAAUCUCACAGAAAAACAAAUACUGCUGGCUAAGUGUGACGGUUAACGGUGAAAGUCUGUUCGCGCAGACAGAUUCCCGCCAUUCCGGCUUCUACACUGUCGGGGGCGUGACCCUGAAAUACAACUCCCGCCCCGAGAGGAUAACCAUCAUAGGACCAGUCAAGUCAAUCGUCACUGUGCAGGUUUUCCAAAAGUAUGGUAACGAGUAUGUCGGUGUGGAACCGGACGUUGAAUACGAGUAUCACGUGCCAACCUCGCACCAGAGCACGAACUACAUGUGGAAAACACGUGCUGGCACGUGCUCUAAGUCAUGCGGAACUGGCACGCAGUCCCCAGUGAUCACGUGUGAAAGUAGCGUGAGCGGGACGGUGGACGAUUAUAACUGUAACAUCGCGGAGAAACCACGUGACAACACUGAUCCCUGCAAUACGCACGCAUGCCCACCGAGGUGGAGGGUGGACGCCUGGGGCGAAUGCUCCCGGUCUUGUGGCGGUGGACAGAGGAACAGGGCGGUUGACUGUGUCGAGGAAAACAGUAACGUGGAAUCAGUGAUUGAUGAACACCGUUGCCAAGGACAACAGAAGCCAAGGGCGAGCGCAACGUGUAAUAUUGAUGCGUGCCCCGCAAUAUGGAAAGUAGGGGCGUGGUCACAGUGUUCUGAAAGUUGUUCACGCGGGACAAAAACUCGGACAGUAGAGUGCUUUACCAGCGAGGACACGUCUAGUCCGGUAGCGGAUUCCAACUGCUUUGCGGGAAACAAACCCUCCGCGGAGGAAUAUUGUGUGGUGCGGCCGUGCAAUACUGACAUUGUGGGCUCUGCUUGCAAAGACUCAGUGGACGACUGUUUUGGGCUCUACGGCGAGGCUGUAUGUACGGGCGGGUAUCGGACAUGGGCCCUGAAAAACUGCAUGAAGUCGUGUGGCGUCUGCUCCACGACUGCAACCACAACAGCCACCUCAGACUGUAAGGAUGAAGUGGACAGCUGUGGUAACUACGCGGACGGAUUCUGCACCAGCUCCCAGUACGGCGGCUGGGCUCAGAAAAACUGCGCCAAGUUUUGCGGACUCUGUACAACCACAAUUACUGUACCCAGCUGUAAGGAUGAGGUGGACAACUGUGACCAGUACGCCGGGGGAUUCUGUACCAGCUCGCAGUACGGCGGGUGGGCGCUGAAAAACUGUGCCAAGUUCUGUGGACACUGCACAACUACAGUUUCAGGUUGUAGUGACGUUGAGGCGGACUGCGCGGCGUAUGGAUCUGGCAUCUGUACAGAGUAUCGUCCCUGGGCCUCCAAACACUGUCAGGCAUAUUGUGGGCUGUGUGGUGCCCGAAGAAAACGUGAUCUUCGAGAUAUUCUUGUCCCUCCGAAAUUUUCAGAAGUUCCUCCAACGCUUGCUCUUCGAGAAGAAAAUAUGGGCCAAGUUCCCCCAAAAAUCAUUAUCGGAAAUGACGUCAUUUCCGCUCCUGAUGACGUCAUGUUACCACGUGCAUCACCGGAAGAUGGACCUUCACUGCAGCCAUUAUGUAACACGGUCAGAACAGCAUCUGUUGGAAGCAUUGAUGUGAAAGGGAAACUUUUGAAAGGUGAGGAAUGUGAACAGGUUGUUGCAGUUGACCUGCACAACCGGGUCAAGGUCACUCUCAACAUGGCGGGUGUGGACUGCACAACAGGCGAUGAACUUACCAUCAAAGAUGGCGUCACACAGAAAACGUUUUCAGCAUGCACAACUCCGCUUCAAACUGAUUGGCUGUCUGACGGAAACAUUGUUAUUUUGAAAUUCAAGGCGGGGGUCGAAGGGCAUGGCCAUUCCUUCCGAUAUACAACGGUGCCACAAAAUAUAACAAUCCCAGCAUGCAGACAGCACUUUACGUCAGCAGUUGGAAAAAUAACGUCAAACAGUUACACCUACCCGUAUCAUGACGUCGGAAGCAGUGACGUGUGUGAAAUAUAUGUCACGGGAACGCCUGGCAAGAAUGUUCAGCUCGUGUUUGACAAGUUCGAUAUGACAGAUGGAGUUACUCCGGAUAAAUGUGUAAAAAUUGAAGAUUUGGAAGAUGGCGAAACUGACGUUUAUUGUGGAAGAAUGUCGCCGUUUAUCUGGAAGUCACGUGGUUCAAAAGUCCGACUGAUUUACGAUCAGGUGACCGGAAGUGACGGUUUUACGACAACUUUCUCGUGGUCAUAGACUUCUUUACCAUCAGAUUACCGAUUAAGCAAGUUUAACGACACCAACUGAAAUAAUGUAUGCUUUGUGAUAUCUUGCUACCAAACAUGGACAUAGGUAUUACUUGCCAUUUGAACAUAAUUGUCGACUGGAUGUAAUUUCAUUGUGAGUCAGCAUACUCUAAAAAUAAUAUGAGUAAAAUUGCAGUUUAUUUUUACUUGCGGAGUUCAAACAUUCUAGAUACCGGUGUGCCACAUAAUUAUGUAUGUGCUUUAUCUUACAUUUAGUUGUAUGCAAAUCGAUUUAUGUUGAUUCAUUUAUCUGUUAAGACAUGCUUUUUCAAGGCUCUGAAAUAAAACUAUGCACUAC